UUGUUUUUUUUCCUGUCAUUUUCCAUGAUAGUUGCUGUAUUCUGCUCACGUAGUGACCAAUUUAAUAUUUCAAUCCUAGAACCAUUAAACAAUUAAGCAAUUAAACAAUUAAACAAUAUAUACAACUCCACUGCAAAGUAUGCAUACAGCUUUUAUUUUGUUUUCUUUGUCCUCGUCAUCCAAACCGAAAGACAAGUUGAUAGAUGUAAACGUUGACCCACUUUUCCUUCUUGAGAUUUUAUUUUUCUCUCUUUGUAAAGAUACUUGCAUGUUGAUUAUAGUCGUGUGUCCUCAUUCUCUUUCUAAGGCACAGAUCUCUGAUUCUGAUUCUUAUUUUUUACCUUCAGAUCAUGUCUUUUGGGCUCUCUUUAUUUGUGUAUUCAUAUUUGAUCCUUCAAUUUCUACCGUAUUUAUUAAAAAUGGGUAGCAAUUCUUGGGUUUUCUCUGGAUCUGUUUUCUAAAAUUUUGCUCUAGGCUUCGCAUCUGAGGGUUUUGUUCCUUACUUUGAUAUUAGCUGGUAGUAUAAGUUUAUGUUUUUAUGGAAUUUUCGCUUUUUGUAGAGAAAAGUUAUAGAGCUUUAAUAUGCUUAUAACAGGUUUAUCCUAAUCGGGCUUCCUCUUGAUAGAUUUGUAUCAUUUUGGUUAUAGUAUAUGUUUAAGUAGUAAAUUACAUGAAUCCAUGGUGUGUAGACUGAAAUAUAUAUACCUAAUCUUUUGAUUCAUAGAUGGAAAACAUCUCAAGUUGUUUGCCAAUAAAAAUAAAUGAAAGGAAAAUGAACCAGUAAGAGCUUGACCAUAGCUUUCAGGCUCGAUAUCACUAGGCUAGAGAAAUUAUAAGAGGUGAAGGAUCAAUAAGAGUUUACAAGCUCGACCUGUAAAGAAAGCUGUGUCCUUUAACAAGUUUGCUUCUGCUAACUGGAAAAGGUCGUAUUUUAAGGAAGGUCAGAGAGAGAGAGAGAGAGAGAGUGUCCUUUGACAAGUUUGCUUCUGCUAACUGGAAAGGAUUUAUAUUUUAAGGAAGGUCAGAGAGAGAGAGAGAAGUACCAUUUAUUCUGGUGUUUGGGCAUCUGUCUAUAUGUUUUGCUAUUAGAUGUCGUUCCGCAAUAUAGUUCGAGAUGUAAGAGAUAGUUUUGGCAGCUUAUCGAGGAGAAGCUUUGAUGUAAGGCUCUCUGGUCAUCAAAGUGGUAAAUCACAUGGUUCAUUUCGCGACUUAAGUGACCAGCCUCCUGUCAUCCAGAACAGUUGUUGGGCUAGUCUCCCACCCGAACUACUUUUUGAUGUAAUUAGAAGAUUAGAAGAGAGUGAGAACUCAUGGCCUGCCCGUAAGCAUGUAGUAGCAUGUGCUUCAGUUUGCAGGUCAUGGAGGAUUAUGUGCCAGGAAAUUGUUAAAAGUCCUGAAGUUUGUGGAAAGCUUACUUUUCCAGUAUCAUUAAAGCAACCUGGCCCUCGUGACGGAAUGAUUCAAUGCUUCAUCAAGAGGGAUAAAUCUAAUUUGACUUACCAUCUUUUCUUGUGUCUCAGUCCUGCUUUACUAUUUGAAAAUGGAAAGUUCCUUCUCUCUGCAAAGAGAACUAGGCGGACUACUUGCACGGAGUAUGUUAUCUCAAUGGAUGCAGAAAACAUCUCAAGAUCAAGCAACACAUACCUUGGAAAAUUAAGGUCAAAUUUUCUGGGUACGAACUUCGUUAUAUAUGACACACAGCCUCCAUACACCUUUGCAAACAUCCUGCCUCCAGGACGCACAAGCCGCAGAUUCUAUUCCAAGAAAGUCUCUCCUAAAGUCCCAACUGAAAGCUACAGCAUAGCCCAGAUCAAAUACGAGCUAAAUGUUCUUGGAACACGGGGUCCACGGAAAAUGCACUGUGUCAUGCACUCGAUUCCUGCCUCAGCACUUGAUGUGGGUGGCUCAGUGCCUGGCCAACCGGAGCUUCUCCCAAGGUCCCUUGAGGAUUCAUUCCGAAGCAUCUCUUUCUCAAAGUCGCUUGAUCAUUCCACUGACUUCAGUAGCUCACGGUUUUCUGAUAUUGUUAGAGCAUCAUCCAAUGCGGAAGAUGAUAGCAAGGUGAAACCCUUGGUACUAAAGAACAAGUCACCGCGUUGGCAUGAACAACUGCAGUGUUGGUGCCUAAAUUUUCGAGGACGGGUGACAGUUGCAUCAGUAAAAAAUUUUCAGUUGAUUGCGUUCAACCAGCCAGCUGCUGGGGGACUGACAACUUCUCGGUCAAGUCAAUUAGAUCAUGACAAAGUCAUCCUGCAAUUUGGCAAGAUAGGGAAAGAUGUGUUUACUAUGGAUUACAGGUAUCCCCUAUCUGCGGUUCAGGCUUUUGCUAUAUGCUUGAGCAGCUUUGACACCAAAUUGGCAUGUGAAUAGAAGGAAAAGUUGUUACAUUAGGAUGCUAAAAGAAAUUCACCGCAAUUGACUUUUUUCUGGAUACAUUAUUGUGUACUUUGUUCUCCUUUUCCCCAGUAGAAUUAGGGGUUGUACCAAAUCUAUUAUCUUGUAUAAAACCUGAUUAUAAUGGUGGCACUGAUGCUGUGCAUCUUGACGUUUAUUUAAAGCCACUAAUGAAUGUUGCUUCA